CAAGAGUUACGGAUAAGAACACUAUAACGAAACAUUGAGUAUAUCGUUUUACUUUGUGCAAGGUUUAUAUGAAAGGAUUAUUGUGACAAUGCAAUCGUACGUAAGGAAUAUGUCUGUGGAUGCUGGAUCUGACAGUGAAAUGUCUUGUGGCGAAGCAAUUAACGACAUAGAGGAGGUCAUUAAACAGGCGGUGAGAGAGGCGAAAUGCAUGCAGGGGGUCUUUAAGUGCGCCAGCGUUCUUGAGAAUUCCCCUGAGUUGGUUGCCUUGUGCAUCUUGCCAGAAGAGCACAGCAAGGACAUCUCGGCGCAAAUUCAGCAGAAAUUGAUCGAGGCUUAUUGCUGGGAGAACGCCAUCAGAGUGGUCUACAUCCAGGCGAAAGUUCUCCACAACCUUGCGAAGGUCAACAGAAAGAAGGUGCCUUCCGCCACUGAUCUUACCUGCGUCUUGUUGACCACUGUUCCGUGUGACGCUAGCCUCACGGAUAUCGUUGAUAGUGAUGUCAACAACAAUAUUGGUUGAUAGUUACCUGUCAAACGCACACAUUUAAUGGGUAGCCCAACCCAUUUCAUCACAAUUACGAAAAGCAGCUUUUGCUAGUCAAUACAAGAACCAGAUGAUUACAAGCGUGUGUGAUCUGCAUAAGAGAGGAUCUGACGUACUUCAAUCGCUCUUGUAAGCUGUAGUGUGGACUAACAAACCACCAACGACUGUUGCAACUGACAGCCUCGCCCACAAUGACCAGUUUACUGAACUGGACCGUCGUAAAACUGUUCGUGGCAAUGCAGCCACCAGCGGCGAAGUGACGUGGCCUUUGCAAUGCUGUUGAAGUCGAUAUCAUUUAACAUGAAUGAUUCACAACAUCAGUAUUAUCAAAACGUUGCAAUAACAUUCAACCAGCGCAUACGCUAUGGAGUGAGCCUCUGGGGCAAUUGACAAUGUGGAGUUGUUUGUAUGAAUGUGAAGCGAUUGCAUGAGACCAGUUAUCUCAUGUGGCUCUUUGGUUGAUUUUUAUCGCUAAGGACGAUAUCGUGAAAUUAUAUCACGAGUUCGUCAGAGGUCAACUAAUCAUCACAUACCUUAUACAACGUUGAUCACGAAUAGUCAUUCGGUCACUGUCUGUACUUGACACCGUGUGCGAUGAAGAUCCAACACCGACACAUCGUGCCGGGACGAAAACCGUAUUGUUCAACCGUAUGACUGUCAUACUGUGUGCUUUUGUGGUGGGGACUCCUGCUUCUUACAUUACUAUUCUAGAUAUUUGAACUGGUUAUGAUUUAUUAAAAAUUUAUUUUAUGAUAUUACGCAUUCAACAUUUUUGUUAGUAUUUUUAAGUAACUGAACAAUCUUCUUGUUUUUUCUGUAACAAUUUUCUUUAAUCUAUGUCAUACUUGUACAUACCAACCAAUGUUGUAUAUACUUGCUGGGUUCUCGUAUUAAAUUUAUUGAAACGUU